GAGUUACCAAUUUCCCUUCUUGGCGUUCACAUCGACAGAGCGACAGCAGCAACAAGUAAGCCCGGCCGAAGGAUCAGACCGACUUUCCACCAACUGAAACUCCACUUGAAGGCGAAAACCAACGCAAAUAGUUCGCAAAUUACCGACUGACUAAUUUCUGGCGCCAGAUUUAUCCCAUUUACCGACGCCAAUUCCAUUCCGGCUAUUCCCAAUCUCAUCCAGUCGAAAAGCAUCGAGCAGAAGCCUUCAAAAAUGAUGAAAUUCGUGCAGAUACUAUUGUGCUACGGCCUACUCCUCACUCUGCUCUUUGCCCUCAGCGAGGCUCGACCUUCAGGAGCAGAAGCAGGACCGGACUCCGAUGGACUGGAUGGCCAGGAGGCGGAGGACGUGCGAGGCGCCUACGGAGGUGGCUAUGACAUGCCAGCCCAGGCCAUCUAUCCCAAUAUUCCAAUGGACCGGCUGCAGAUGCUCUUCGCCCAAUACAGACCGACCAGUUACAGCGCCUACUUGAGGAGUCCCACCUACGGCAAUGUGAACGAACUUUAUCGGCUGCCCGAGAGCAAACGCCAAGUUAGAUACCGGCAGUGCUACUUUAAUCCCAUCUCCUGCUUUAGGAAGUAAGUUCCCAGAGAACUGGAGAUUGUCCGGAAGCCAGAGCUGUUGGUUAAAUUAACAAUUCAAGCAUUUCAACAAACCAAAAAAUAAGCCAAAUACACAGAUUAGCAUAAUGGAUAAACGCAAAUGUUUAGGGCAAUUAAACUAAUGCUAAGACUCAACUAUAUCCAUAUAUAUACAAACAUAUAUAUACUUAUGUAUACAACUUAUCCCUUUGAAUGUCUACGAAACGUAUGAAAAAAUGUUCCAUUGUAGUUGCCAAAAAAAUAAAUGAUGUACCUAUUUACUGAAUAUUAGCACAAACGUUUGAAAUUGAAA